GAACUAUGGUCUGCUCAGAUCAAAAAUUCCUAGAACUACUCAAAUUGGUAAUCAAAAAGUAACAACAGAACGGAAAGAAUCUCCUAAAAUCUGCUUUUAUUGUGAAAGAGAAGAACACGUCAAAAAAGACUGUGAAGAGACUAAAACCUCAAUAGAAUCUAGACGCCUUCUUAGAGAAGCCAAGUCUCAAUUAGAGAAAGAAAAAACUCAAAAAUUAGAGGCUACAAAAAUCAAUUUUAGCUUUAACAACCCAUAUAGAAAUGAUAUGGAAGAAGAAAAAACUCAAAAACCAGAGAAUACAGAAAAUAACUUCAGUUUAGAUAACCUAUACAAGAAUGAUAUAGAAGAAGUAAUCCAGAACAAGGAAGAAGUUAUAGUCCAG